UUAGGUCGGCUAGUCACCCCACAACUGAUAAGAGAAUUACCCGUCGUUAACGAGAGAGAAACAGAGUUUACAUCUAGACACAGCUUAGAGUGGAAAUUUCUUUUCUUAGAUCACCGAGCUCCCCCUAUAAUAGGAUAUUUACCCUUUGAACUGCUUGGAACAUCAGGAUACGAUUACUACCAUGCUGAUGACUUGGAUCAAGUUGCAGAGUGCCAUAGAUCGCUCCGACAGACUGGCGAGUGUACCUCAUGUUACUACAGAUUUCUAACAAAGGGUCAGCAAUGGAUUUGGCUUCAGACAAGAUAUUUCAUCACAUAUCAUCAAUGGAACUCUAAACCUGAGUUUAUUGUUGCAACUCACAAGGUUGUAAACUACGAGGAGGUUCUAAUCAGUUCUAGGAAACAAGAGAAGACUGAAUCCCUUCAUGAUUCUGCGGCUUCAAAUAGAUCUGGGAAAUCAUUCAGAUCUGGUUCUCCAACGUGGUCAAGUAUGAGUUCUCUAUGUGGAUCUACGAGUACUGGGUUUGCUAGUUCCAGCAAGAUUAGUCAGGAACCUGGAGAACAGAUGAAUUUUCAGGGAGGAUACAGAGCUAGGAAUAGUCGGAGUUCCUCUAGGAUCGGUAGCAUAGGGAUGACAAGUAUGCAGCUUCUUCAAGAACCUCAGUUCCUACAUGAUCAACAGUUUAUGUCAGAAUCUAUGUCAGUCGACUCACGGCAGAGCUCUGUUCACAGUUCAAUGUACGAUCCUCAAACCAGAGCUCCAGCGAUCAUUGUACCACACGAUCAUUCAUCAUCACACACUUUACUUUCCAUCCCUCCUGCGAGUUUAUCCGUUCUUCCUUCCCCCUCCUCCCCUGCCCCUCUACUACCCGUCUCCACCCUCCUCCUAGCAACCUCCUGCCAGCCUCCUCUAGUCCUAGGUUCCUCCCCCCUACUCGGAGCUUCCUCCCCCCUACUCGGAGCUUCCUCCUCUCCUAUAUCAUCGACAACCCCUUUUAAUCCUCAUGACUCCUCCUCUUCUCGUGCUCCUCCUCUUCAUCCCUCCCUACUCACACCUCUCCUCCUUUCCCCUGCUCAGCUUCAGCUCCAGCGUCAACUUAGAUCCAAGCAUGCCGAGCUCAGCAGGCGGAUACAGCUGCAGCAGCAGGAGCUUCUUAAACUAGGGGAGCAGCUGGAGAUAACCCAGCAGCAAAGUGUGGCGGCUGAACCGAAACGUGUGAUAUCCAUCCAACCCGGAGGGGAAUAUGAAAUUCCUAUCCAGCAGGUUCAGGGCCCUCCUCCUUCUCCUCAUCCUCCUACAUUAGAUUAUAGAAAUCCAACCACUGCUACUAUACCAGAUUAUAGAAAUCCUCAUCCUCCUCCUUCUCCUACAUCAGAUUAUAGAAAUCCUCAUCCUCCUCUUACUUCUACACCAGAUUAUAGAAAUCCAACCAUGCUCAGAUCCUUAUCUAACCCGACUCAGGGGUUGCACAGAUCAGAUCCUCUCAACCAAACUCAACAGAGGUCAUUAUCUACCAUAGGAGAUCAUUUAACCGUCCCCCAACAGCGAUCAUUAUCGUCUAGAGGAUGGAAUCCUUUGUGAUUAUCUAAAAACCAGAGGAUAAAUAUUUAUUCUGACUUUCAAUAAUCUUGUUGUUUUGGACCUCACAGGCCAUCAAACAAUGUACAAUGUACCUUAAAGUGAAAUAGAUUGAAGAAAAAUUGUAAUGUAAAGAAAAGAUGGCCGCAUAUCAGUGAGUACAAAGAGGAGUUAGUUCGUUUAAUACUGUUGCCAUUAUUAUGCUAGCUUAGCCAUACAAUCUUCUUAUUCAUAAUGU